CCCACCAGCCACUCACUAGGGUGAGAAGAAUACAACUGGGCGUGGUGAUGACUGGUGCUGUGUAUUUCUCUUGACUAUGUUCCAUGACAGAGCAUAUACAUGUCUGUACAUGUAAAGUAACUUUACCUUUUCUUCUCUACAAAAGGUGCAGAAGACAGUAGGCCUACCAUCUGGUAUCGACACUCGAGGAUAUCAGGCGAUGCACAUGGCUUCUUCGAUAAGGAUGGCCGAUGCAGGAGUUACCAAGAUCAAAGUCGUCGAGGAAUUGGUGCAGGAUGCAAGCAGUGUUUUCGUGGAGAAGUUUGGCGGCAAGCCAACUGUUGCUGCCUGCGCUCCAGGAAGAAUUAAUCUGAUCGGGGAGCACACGGACUACAAUGAUGGAUGGGUUUUCCCGAUGGCUUUACCACACGUCACGGUGCUGGUAGGCAACAAGACCACUUCCGGAGUGUGCCGUAUGGUGACCACUGCCCAGAAUGCUGAUGAGCCAAAGAUGGUUGAAUUCCCCUUACCCACUGCUGACAAACCCCUACAGCCAGGCCUACCAGCAUGGGCCAACUAUGUCAAGGGUGCAGUGCAGUACUACAAAGGUACGUUGUCAUCUUUUGAUGCGGUCAUUGCCUCCUCUGUCCCCCUUGGGGGCGGAGUCUCAAGUUCUGCCUCCCUUGAAGUGGCUACCUACACUUUCUUGGAGGCGAUGGAUCCCAACGGGCCAACCAAGGACCUGAAGGCGAAGGCGCUGGCUUGCCAGAAGGCCGAGCAUGACUUUCCCAAGAUGCCUUGUGGCAUCAUGGAUCAGUUCAUCUCGGUCAUGGCUCAGGAGGGCCACGCUCUCCUCAUCGACUGUCGCUCGAUGGAAUCCAGGCAGGUCCCAUUGGCUGAUCCUAAUGUGGUCGUGCUGCUCACCAACUCCAACGUACGUCAUGAGCUAACUGGCAGCGAGUACCCAACCCGCCGUAGACAAUGCGAAGAAGCAGCUGCAGUACUGAAGAAACAGAGUCUACGAGAUGCUACGAUGGAGGAACUCCUAGCCAACGAAGGCAACAUGGACAAAGAAGUCUUCCGGCGAGGUAGACAUGUCAUCGGUGAGAUUAAACGCACUACCGAUGGUGUAGAGAUGCUGGAGAGAGCAGACUAUGUCACCUUUGGAAAGCUGAUGGUUGAGAGCCACAACUCCCUACGUGACGACUAUGAAGUCAGUUGUCCAGAGUUGGACCAGUUGGUGGAGGCAGCUACAGCUGUAGAAGGGGUGUACGGAUCCCGUAUGAUGGGUGGAGGUUUCGGAGGCUGCACGGUGACCUUGCUGAGGAAAGAUGCAGUGGAAAAAACAGUGGCAUACAUGAAGGAGAAGUACUCCGGAACAGCAACAUUUUAUGUGACAGCUGCAUCUAAAGGAGCCCAAAUACUGUCCAUUCAGUAAUUUAACCCAAUUCUGUUUUGCAAAGAUAGGACAUAAAUUCUAGUUUGUUUUAAAUAUGAUAUCCUUCAAGAAGGAUUGUCUGUCAGCUGAUUUUUAGUUCUAAAUCUUAUUCGUGAUUUUUUUCAAUUUAUAUAGAUGACAUAUUAUGUAAUAUUGCCAUAGGAUGAAAACUGAAGAAUUGUGCUUAUAGAAAAGAUCAUUUGGAAAACUGAAAUGGUUUCAUUAGGAAAAUCACUCUGAGCAAAACAUUCCAAGCUAAAAUCCUUGUUUCUUGACUUGUUUUAUUUGAGUUUUCACAGUUGUAUAAUUGUUUUAAUUUCUUUUGGACUAACAGGGAAAAGAAAAAAAAGAUUAAAAGGAAUUCAUAUCAGAAUUGAUAAGAAUUUUUUUUGUAAUUCAACCCAACGAUCAUGAAAGGAGAAAAAUCUUCGGCAUAAGAUUCCUUAUUUUUUACAUUGUGGUAAAAUUAAUAUUUAGUAACAUUUUAAAUAGUUUGAAGAAAUGAUAUUUAAAAGGAGAAAGAAAUCCACAAGGUUGGGAAAUUGUAUUGUCUUCUUUUUUGCCCCAAAGAGAUUGUGAUCAUGUCAUAUUUUGACUGAAGAAAACCAAAAUAAUGUUGAACAUGUGCAAGCAGCAUUAUUUCCUGAAGGUAAUCGCUGUAAACUCUGAAAAAUAUGCAAAAGCACAUGCAGCCCAUCAUGUGUAGGCAAGACAAACUUAUAGAGAUGUAUCAUGAUUAAUUUGUUACUUCCACAGAAUGACUUUCUUGAGUUUGCAUAGCUUCUCAAAAUACAUUGUACUCUGAAACAUGGAAAAUAGGGUAGACCGUUUGCAUGUGACGGCCAUCUUGAAGACUGUUUCUGAUGCAUUAGCCCUCUUGCUGCAACUGUCAAAAACAAGUCAAAAAUUCCUUCUACUUGAUUUGCCCCUGUACACAGACAUAUGGGGAAUUUGACUGAUUUUGACGGAUAUGACAACUGUAUCAAGAAUGUAUUUUUGCACAGGAGGGUUACUUCAGUAACACUGAAUGCAUAGAUAUACCUGUGCCUAUUCCUUCCUUCUCCUGUAUUCCUUGGGUGUACCUCCAAGAUGGCUGUCAUGCAAAACAUCUGCAUGUAUUUUACUAUCUCUGCUUGUGUGCUGUUUAUCAUAAUGACUAGGAAAAAUAAAGUUAUCAAUUAACAUCAA